AUGGCUUCCUCUGCGAAGGCUACGCAGGCAGAAACAACAAAAACGUCCCAGGAAUUAAACGUCACGAAGGCUAAUGAAACCCUGCUCCUGGCGAAUGAUACCCAACUCUUGGAUGACGGCAACUCCAGCUUGGCGCGCAGUGGAUCGCGACAUCCUCGCUGGUUUCCCUUCUACACAAUCGGUCGCUUCUCCAACGACAUUUGUAUUGGCAACAACCUGCUCCUGGGCACCUGCGUCAUCAACGGCGAGUGCUCGGACAACAGCGGAGUGGCGGCGGGCAGCUGCUCCUCCAUCACAGCGCAGGCCAUUUGCUGCAUUUAUCAAAGGACAUGCGGAGCAAGUACUUCCUAUAACAAUACGUACUUCUACAACAGCAACUAUCCGGCUCCUUAUGGCGGCGGCGGACGGUGCUCCAUUGUGGUCACUCCACCGGACUCGACCAUCUGCCAGCUGCGUGUGGACUUCCUGGCGCUAUCGCUGGCUCCACCGUCGGGCGAUGGAUCCUGCGCCACGGAUGCGUUGACCAUCACUGGAGGAGCCUCGCAAGUGCCCAGCAUUUGUGGCGAGAACGCCGGUCAGCAUGUGUAUGUGGACUUUAACGGCGUCAAUCCGAUCACCAUCUCGGUGGCCACCUCCGGAAGCUAUACAUUCAACCGCAACUGGCAGUUCCAGAUCAGGAUGCUGGGAUGCUCGUCGGCCACUUUGGCUCCGGCCGGUUGCCUGCAGUACUACAUGCCCAGCAGCGGCACCCUGGCCAGUUUUAACUACAAUUCGGCAGCUGCCUCCGCUCUCAAUUCCAUAGGAGUGCAGGGCACCAGGCAGUUGGCGAACACCAACUAUGGUAUUUGCAUACGCAAGGCAACGGGAAUGUGCUCCAUCACCUACAGCCAGGUUGGCUCCGACACGUACUCCUUUACGCUGACCAACGAUGUGGGUGCAGUGGAUCCCACUCUGCUGGCCACCUCAUCCGUGCAGAGCCAGGAAUGCACCACCGACUACAUCAUCAUACCGGCGCCAACGCAGGGCGGAGUUUCGAUGCCCAGCGAUCGCUUUUGUGGACUGGGUCUGGUAUCCACGACCACGUCGGCGAAGCCCUUCGUUGUCUACACAGUCACCGAUAGUAACGAGGACAUGGACAUCUCGAAUCGUGGCUUCUACUUGUCGUAUUCGCAGAACGCAUGUCCAAUUCUGUAAAUAUAGUAUAAAAUAAAAGACUUGAUAAUCAUAGCAUAACUAAAAA